AGUGCGCGGCUUCCGGUGGCGGGACGCGGGGCCGCGCACGCGGGAAAAGCUUCCCCAGCUAACUCCCGUUCCCCGCGUCCCCGCCCCCCUCCCCCGCAUCCCCCGAAGCGCCCACCGCCCGCGCCCGGCCCGUCGCGAGGCUGCAGCUUGAGGAGAUUCCCAACCUGCUGACCAUCUGCACACUCACCCAGGACUUGGGGCCCAGCGCCCAGUGUAUUCGGUUUCCCUUGUGAGGCCUAGGGCUCUGCCCAGGCCACCAGGGGCAGGUCAACAUGGCAGAGACACUGGAGUUCAACGAUGUCUAUCAGGAGGUGAAAGGCUCCAUGAAUGACGGUCGGCUGAGGUUGAGUCGCCAGGGAAUUAUCUUCAAGAAUAGCAAGACGGGCAAAGUAGACAACAUCCAGGCUGGGGAGUUGACGGAGGGCAUCUGGCGCCGGGUGGCUCUCGGCCACGGACUUAAACUGCUCACGAAGAAUGGCCACGUCUACAAGUAUGACGGCUUCCGAGAAUCGGAGUUUGAGAAACUCUCUGAUUUCUUCAAAACUCACUAUCGCCUUGAGCUAAUGGAGAAGGACCUGUGUGUGAAGGGCUGGAACUGGGGGACGGUGAAGUUUGGAGGGCAGCUGCUUUCCUUUGACAUUGGUGACCAGCCGGUCUUCGAGAUACCCCUCAGCAACGUGUCCCAGUGCACCACAGGCAAGAACGAGGUGACGCUGGAAUUCCACCAGAACGACGACGCGGAGGUGUCCCUCAUGGAGGUCCGCUUCUACGUGCCUCCCACCCAGGAGGACGGCGUGGAUCCCGUGGAGGCCUUUGCCCAGAACGUGCUGUCCAAGGCGGACGUCAUCCAGGCCACUGGAGACGCCAUCUGCAUCUUCCGGGAGCUGCAGUGCCUGACUCCCCGUGGUCGUUACGACAUCCGGAUCUACCCCACCUUUCUGCACCUGCACGGCAAGACCUUUGACUACAAGAUCCCCUAUACCACGGUACUGCGUCUCUUCCUGCUGCCCCACAAGGAUCAGCGCCAGAUGUUCUUUGUGGUGAGCAGAGCCCCUGGGGGCGGAGGAUCCCGAUUUUUGUCUGAGGACUUUCUUUUUUUUUUUUUUUUUUUUUUUUUCUCCAAGGACGAGGACAUCUCCUUGACUCUGAACAUGAAUGAGGAAGAGGUGGAGAAGCGCUUUGAGGGGCGGCUCACCAAGAACAUGUCAGGAUCCCUCUACGAGAUGGUCAGCCGGGUCAUGAAAGCACUGGUGAACCGCAAGAUCACAGUGCCGGGCAAUUUCCAAGGGCACUCAGGGGCCCAGUGCAUCACCUGUUCCUACAAGGCGAGCUCAGGACUGCUGUACCCGCUGGAGCGGGGCUUCAUCUAUGUCCACAAGCCCCCCGUGCACAUCCGCUUUGAUGAGAUCUCCUUCGUCAACUUUGCUCGUGGCACCACCACCACGCGCUCCUUUGACUUCGAGAUUGAGACCAAGCAGGGCACUCAGUACACCUUCAGUAGCAUUGAGAGGGAGGAGUAUGGGAAGCUGUUUGAUUUUGUCAACGCAAAGAAGCUCAACAUCAAAAACCGAGGCUUGAAAGAGGGCAUGAACCCCAGCUACGACGAAUACGCAGACUCUGAUGAAGAUCAGCAUGAUGCCUACUUGGAGAGGAUGAAGGAGGAGGGCAAGAUCCGGGAAGAGAAUGCCAACGACAGCAGCGAUGACUCAGGAGAAGAGACUGAUGAGUCGUUCAACCCAGGUGAAGAGGAGGAAGAUGUGGCAGAGGAGUUUGACAGCAACGCCUCUGCCAGCUCCUCCAGCAAUGAGGGUGACAGUGACCGGGAUGAGAAGAAGCGGAAGCAGCUCAAGAGGGCCAAGGUGGCCAAGGAUCGUAAGAGCCGGAAGAAGCCUGUGGAGGUGAAGAAGGGCAAGGACCCGAAUGCACCCAAGAGGCCCAUGUCUGCAUACAUGCUGUGGCUCAAUGCCAGCCGGGAGAAGAUCAAGUCAGACCACCCUGGCAUCAGCAUCACGGAUCUUUCCAAGAAGGCAGGCGAGAUCUGGAAAGGAAUGUCCAAAGAGAAGAAAGAGGAGUGGGACCGCAAGGCCGAGGAUGCCAGGAGGGAAUAUGAGAAGGCCAUGAAAGAAUACGAAGGGGGCCGAGGCGAGUCUUCUAAGAGAGACAAGUCCAAGAAGAAGAAGAAAGUGAAGGCAAAGAUGGAAAAGAAAUCCACACCCUCCAGGGGCUCGUCGUCCAAGACGUCAUCCCGGCCGCUGAGCGAGAGCUUCAAAAGCAAGGAGUUCGUGUCCAGUGACGAGAGCUCUUCAGGCGAGAACAAGAGCAAAAAGAAGAGGCGGCGGAGCGAGGACUCAGAGGAAGAGGAGCCAGCCAGUACCCCGCCCAGCUCAGAGGACUCGGCGUCAGGAUCCGAUGAGUAAAGAGGAGGAAGAGAAUCCGCUUGCCCCGUCACAGCCCCAGGCUCCCCACCGGGUUUUGGGCCCAGUUUCUGCUCACAUGACGCGUGGUCCUCAGAGUCCGUGCCCCCGGGACACGCUCUCCCGGUGGUGCGCACUUCCCUGGGAUGGGGAGGUGUCUCGCUUCUGCCGCUUCACGGGAUGGCGCCUUACAAUCUGGGGAGAGAUUGGGUGGGAGGCGGGGCACAGGACCCAGAUCCCUGUCCUGCGUUCCCCACCUUCGGGAUACAGCCACCGCUAUUUCUCCUUCAAGUUGCCGCAGCAGGAGUCGUGUGAAAUCAGGCCUGAAACUCCUCGGUGGGGCCUAUUUCUACCUUCAUUUUGUAUUUCUGGUCUGUGAAAAUCAACAUUUAAUAAAGGGAACUGACUUUGGAA